ACCAAAGGAAUAAUAGUAAAUAAAUAGAAGAAGAAAAAGUGAAGAAAUUGUAGAAGAUAAAGAAAUGGAAGGAGGUUCUAAAGGAACACUCAAAGCUGUGGCUCUCAUCGCUGGAGACAACAACGUUAGAGGCUCUGUUCACUUCACACAAAUCCCAAACGGGAUAACCCAUGUCCAAGGAAAGAUAACAGGCCUGUCUCCUGGCCUUCACGGCUUCCAUAUCCAUGCCCUUGGUGAUACCACCAAUGGCUGCAAUUCCACUGGGCCUCAUUUUAAUCCAUUGAAGAAGAAUCAUGGAGCUCCGAGUGAUGGAGAGCGCCAUGCUGGUGAUUUGGGUAACAUUAUCGCCGGCCCUGAUGGGGUUGCUGAGGUUUCGAUUAAAGACUGGCAGAUUCCACUUGGUGGGCAGCAUUCCAUUUUAGGGAGGGCAGUUGUUGUGCAUGCUGAUCCUGAUGAUCUUGGCAAAGGUGGACAUGAACUUAGCAAGACGACAGGGAAUGCCGGUGCAAGAAUCGGAUGUGGUAUCAUUGGCCUUCAAUCAUCUGUUUAGAAGUAGUGUUGCAGUUAAAAUGUUAUCUGGCAGAAACUGUGAACUGUAAUCUUCUGGUUCAGUUUAUGUAUCUCUCAGUCUACUUGCAAACAAAAUUGGGAUGGAGAUCUAAAGCCCAUCUGUAAUUUAUAUGAUCAAUAUGAAAGGUACUUCAGUUAAUGGAACUUUGCUUACUUUCUGCACCA